UCUGAAGGGUCUCAGAAUUCUCUGUUACACCGGCUCACAUGCACUCCCUUCCCCCCUCUCCUCCCACCCCCAGCCAGCUUUUCCCGCAUCCUCCGUCCGCUGGCAGCUCUCCGUCCGAGCCCUAAAUGAGUGACUUGGCUUGGAUGCGGUCGCUGCUGUUGAGCUGUCACUGUCCGGUGACUAUAUGACUGUAGAGGCUGGUUUUGUUGUUGCUCUGACGUCAGUGCAAGCUACAAUGAGGUUGGCAUCAUGGGUAUAAAAGCCAGUUUGAAGGCUCGCGCUCCAACCUUACUCUUCUCCAUACCGGUUUCACGUUUAACUACUGCACGAGGGAGGGCUCAGGAGAUUAAGAUGCACUUUCUCAGCUUCACACCCAUCCUGCUCCUGCAGAUGACCCACCUCACUGUACUGCACGGUGCCAAAUGGACAUACACUGGGCAAGAGGGACAGCAAUAUUGGUCCAAGCAUUACCCAUACUGUGGUGGACCUUUCCAGUCUCCAAUAGACAUCGAGUCAGAGCUGCUGAGGUUCGACCCAUCUUUAGGCCCAAUCGAGGUUCAGAACUACGACCUGACACCUGAUGAGCAGCUCACUCUUGGAAACAAUGGACAUUCUGUGCAAUUAUCCCUGCCCAGUAAGAUGUACAUCUCCAGCCUGCCUCAUCGUUACACUGCAGCUCAAUUCCAUCUGCACUGGGGCUCCUCCAGCAAACCUGCAGGCUCUGAGCACUUGGUGAACAGUAGGCAGUAUGCAGCAGAGCUUCAUGUAGUUCACUUCAACUCAGACAAGUAUCCUAAUAUGUCCAUGGCUGUGGAUAAGUCUGAUGGCCUGGCUGUGCUGGGUGUCCUGAUAGAGGUUGGAGAGUUCAACCCAGCCUUUGAACAGUUUCUGAAAUUUAUCAAUGGUGUCAAAUACAGUGAUCAGAAAGUGCAGAUUCCUGGUUUCAACAUCAGAGCUCUGCUGCCACCACGCUUGGAUGAGUAUUACCGCUAUGACGGAUCACUGACGACUCCUCCUUGCUACCCAAGUGUCCUGUGGACCGUGUUCAAGAAUCAUGUGACAAUAUCUCGUAAACAGUUUCUCGCCCUGGCAACAAGCCUCUACUCUUCCCAUGCCCAGGACUCAACCUCUCUUCCUCUGUACAGCAACUUCAGGAAACCACAGUCGGUUGACAACCGAGUGGUGCUCGUGUCUUUUAAGGAGGGCAGAGGACUGCACGGUACUCUUACAGUCACAUCUCCACUCACGAGGAAGCGAAUCGUUCAGCAGCUACUGGUUGGGGACCUAGCAGACUUGGCGGAUGAAGGGCUCUACAAGCUUCUACCGCGUGGCCCCGAUCAACUCCGUGCUGGCGAGAUGAAAGACCUCAAGGACGAGCAAAGUGAGAGUCUGGCCAAAUCCAAACAACAAACGCUGAAUUCAUCCCUGCGAAAGAAGAGCCAGACAAACCGGUCAGUGGGAAAGUUAGGGCUGGCUGAAGACACGCUAAGCUACGUUUCACUGGAGCAGAGAGUUUCCCAUCAUCUCAAACAGUCUCACGCUGAGAACCAGCUGGUUCAGGCUCUCAGAGAUGCAGUCUUCCCAGAGCUCAACUUAAAGAGCUACCUGGACUGUAGGUCAGACUUAGCCCUCCCCACUAUAAGACGGAUCCUCCGUGUACGGCCAACCGAUGAAGCUUUUGAGUUGGAUCGCUCUCUGACAAGAGCCCUGAUGAAUCAGGGGAAGACUUCCACAGUGAUCAAGAAAAGUGUGCCAGUGACAAAAUACGGCGGUCCCUCCCCUGCUGCUCCCAGGAAACCACACAGCCAGGGUUAUCCACAUCCUUGGCUUUUGCCAAUGGAGUGGGAAGACUAGAGAGAUUCCAGCCAUAGUUGAGACUCACAUUAUGUCACUCUCUGUUGCAGACAUUAGUGGUGUCUUCCACAGCUAAAGACUGUUUUUUAAGCCAUGCCCUGCUUCAUUUGACCAAAAUGGCUAAAGUAUUUCAUUUAAAUUAUUUUUCCUACUGUGUGCAUGUAACUGUGAUAAAAAUUAAUUU